AUGUUGAAGAUACAGGAGACGAGUUCUGACCUUGUGAUUCACUCGCACGUCGGUCUACAUCAGCAUCUGAUGAGUAUGCUCAAUAAGAUUACUGAUCACUUGGAGAAAUCUCCAGGUGCACAUGGUUCAAUGGCUUAUGUACCUCCUGGACAGAGUAAAACAGUAACUAGUCCAAUACUUCAUGGUGAGGCAUAUGGACUGGCACCACCAGAUAACAAGAAUGUGAACUUGCAAAGGAGAGCAGAAGCAAAGGAGAAGCAAAUGUGGAGAUUGAAAUGUCACCAACACAAGGGAAGGAAGCCGUGA